AUGAAGGGGAUAUUUCUCUUCUUCACGGUAUUGCUGUUGAUUUCAGGUGAGUACAGUAAUUUUUGAAGUGUUUUUUGUUCAUGAGAAGAAGAGGCGUCGUUAAUUGACAAAAUAUCGAUCCCCUUUCCAAUAUAAACGUCCUUACAGCUUUGUACCGAAAUAUACCAGUAUGAACUUUUCGUCAAUUUCAAGUCAGUUUUGUUUGUAUCUUGCCCUGCUAGGACAGAGCCCAGGACAGAUUUGUCAUUAGAAUUUUGCUGCAAAGCGUGCUUGAACACAGCUCGUACCAGAGCUAGCCACGAACGAAAUACCGCCCUCUUUGCCCUGGAACGCUAGACGCACAAAGGCAAUUAUUCCCUAACCUACGCCCAAGUGGCUGACAUUAUCUACAUUACAAGAGGGAAUUUUCGACGCGUGCUUUCUUAAAAUAUCAUUUAAGCUGAUUUUUCUUUUAACUUCGGGCUACUUCCAGAACCUCUAGCCAACAUAAACAACGCAGAUAAAGAGUGCCGCUGACAGAGUUUUCAACUUCUCCUAUAACACAUUUACGGGGUUAUGAACUGUUUAAACGGUUUUCUAUCUGUUCGGAAAUUGUGAUCGCCGAUAAAAAGCUAUAAAAUGUCACGAUUAGAAUUGGCGGGUUCAAGACUGAUCUUUUUCUCUGUCUAUAAGCGGCGUUUUGUCAACUCUGUUAAUCCAACGACUCAAAACAACCUGUACCCAGUUUUUCGAUGAAGAGGGUUUACUCGAGACUCCGUCCUUUCGGAUGUCUUGUACCGUAUUUCAGACGGUAAGUCUUUUGAAAUGUCAGUCCACAAAUAUGCGCGCAAAAUUUGCCCUUCGUGGAUAUUAUAUCUUAACUUGAUAGUAAUUAUUUCUUAGCGGGAACUUAACGACAGCUUUUAGAGAACCAAUUCGUCAUUCCUCCGGAUUGUCGUCGUAUGCAAUGACAAUUCUUCUCAGGUUCAACAUUUUUAUGAGGUGUAAAUGUUCAUGUUCUCACUUUGACAGAACUCAUGUAAAUCGUUUUCUAAAGGGUUGUUUAGGAGAUAAUCCCCUUACAAUUUCUAUUGUUAGAUUCAUGCCUUAGACCGUACAUUUUUUCAUCAGUUGGUCAAAAUUGUAAGAGUUCUUAACAAUGACAUGACUUUGAGGUGUUCAGCAUGGUAUGCCCCUAAUUAAAAAAGGAACUGUGAGAGCUCGUGAACAACGUUAGACAGACGAGGGUUUAGUUUACAUGCCGUGAGGGUCGCCGGCCGGAAUCUGGGCUUAUUAAAUUUUACGAUACGUAGUUCAACACCGGAAUGACUUUCAUUUUUCUUUUUUGUUUGAUGGUAGGGUAGAAUCGGUUAAAAGAUUGGAGUUUUAAUUUUUAAUACAUUGUUACAAAUUAAAAAACAUUUAUUAUAAUUACAAAUUAAUUUAAACUAUCUUUCCUAUCGUUACAGUGUUAGCGGCUGAAGGAAAGAGAGAAAAGUCGAAGCUUCGUCGAAGAGUUUGCAACAGACCUUGCAACAAAAAACUUCGCCCAGUGUGUGGGAGUGAUGGCAAAACAUACAACAACGUAUGUCUGUUCAGCAACGCCAAGUGCCAAGCUAAUAAAACGGACAGCGUUUUGAAAAUAAAGUCACGAGGACAAUGCGAGAAUUCCACAGUGAAUAUCAGCAAGGUUAAAAAACAAUCACAAAAGUGCUUGGUGGCAUUAAAGGACUGUAAUAAGGUCGUGAAUUCUACUAGACACUCCGUCUGUGGGAGCAACAACAUAACAUACUUAACGUUUUGCAACUUUCGUGUUGCGCGCUGUCAGGCGAGACAAAACGGCAGAAAUCUAACAAUGCUGCACAAGGGAGAAUGUGGAAAACCUAAGGUCAAAAAAUCAAGAAUGUGCCCGCUUGAAAGCCAGUGCGACAGCCAGAACGAUCCCAUUUGUGGAAGCGAUAAGAAGACCUACAAAAACACUUGCCUGUUCAUAGUCGCCAAAUGUCAAGCGAAGUUGAACAACAAAAAGCUCACCAUGAAAAAGAGAGGUAAGCUAAAACCGAAGAGGUGAAUUUGUGAUAGUUUUUAUUGGAAGCGCAAAGCGAGGCCUUUGUUCAUCUUUACGUUAUUAAAUUUAAUUGAUUAAUUAGCUCAGUAGUAAGGGGAUAUCAUACAAAUACGAUAAAAUUGGACUUGCCUGUUUUAAUGCAUUUUUCACAUACACUCUUGUUUUAUAGAAGAAUGUUGUGUUUUCGGGCCUGGCUGAACAUUCUUAUUUUUCUGCCGAUUUUAGCCUGAAAAUAUUCUUGUAUCAUUCUUGAAUUAUAAUUGAAAAAGAAAGAGUUUAUCAUAUCCCUUUGUUCUAUUUUGUGUUUUUUUUUUGCUGUCUAUUAUAGAUAUGUAUUUCAUGUACCGUUCAUCGAACUGUCAUUAGCAUUGAACGUUUGGCUAUAACCAAUGCAGGUUUCUUCGUUUUGUUGGGUUGCCGUGAGAGGAAGCAAUAAUAUUGAUACGGUUAUAAUCAUCAUCCUUUUCGAAAUCUCAGCCUCGGGUUUAUUCUUAACAUAUUCUUAAAACUUUGCAAAUUUCAGCCUCGAUAUUCUUAGAAAAUAUUUUAAUGUAUAAAAAAAAGAGUGUACAAUAACAAAAAUAUUACUGGCAAAACCAAAAUUAUUGAUCCAAACAAAGACCGCGUUUGAAUUUUUUGAAAGUGAGCACCUUUUAUUAACAUUAAACUGCGACCCUUAUGCGAUAGGCAAAGAUCAUAUUUUUGAAAGGUUAAAUCCCUUAAAAAAAAAAACUGUCACUCAGGUCUUCGUCGAUUCAUACUUGAUAGCGGCAAAAAAAAAAAAAACAAAAACAAAUGCAGAAGCUUAAAAGCAAUAAAAAAUAUUGCAUGGAAUUCUCCUUCCAAACUGAACUUGUUCCCUUUAGUGAAAGCAAGAUUCUCCGGCAAGUGGUUUGUGCUGUGCAGUUUGAAAUACAGAGUGAACUAUGCAGAAACUCGACACUGAUUUGUAGAGCUAUCAAAUACAAUCAUUGAACGUACCGCUAUUUUGUUUUUACAGUGCGGGAGGUUUGUUUGUGUUGGCCUGUCGUGAAAACACGAGCGAAAAAAAAAAUUACAAUAUCCAAGAAGAACACAUUAAAGGAAAGCCUUCAAGAAGAUUGCUGCGGAAAUAGAUUCUGUGUUAAAGAAUGUCAUUCUUGCACUUUAAGGGAAAGGAAAACAAGCGUUUCGUUUAGGAGUUUCCGCCUUAUAGGCGGCACCAAAACUCUUAAAAGCAUUAAGUUUGUUUAUUGAUUAUUGAAUCUAGAAGAGCGCGAAUGGAUUUUGUUUAAUCUUAGAGGAAACGGAAAUCGAACUAAUGUUUUCUGUUUUCGACUCCCAUUUCCGUAAACAUAUUUUAGGAAUCUAUUUUGACCUAUGUUUAAAAAUAGUUAAUACAGAUGUUUUGUAAAGAGUAAAACAUUUCCAAGCUACACCAAAUGAAUGGCAUAAAUUUCGUGGAAUGAUUUUUCCUAGAUAUUUUCCUGCAAAACUGGUCGAAAAAAUUAUGCUGAGGUGAUCCAUUUUACUCAGCGAAUGGUCAUUCAAAAGGAAAUCAAGGCCGAAUUUCUUCCAAGGAAUAAGAACCUUUUUACCCCUGGUUUUACCUCUCUCUCAAAAUGACUGUAGAUUUAGGUUUAAACAAAAGCAGUUUACCUCCUUUAAGCCCGAUUUCCAGCCUUUAUGAGGGAGUACGGCUUAAUUGUAUCGAGCCUGACGCACCCUUGUAAACCGCAAUUUAAACCUUUGAAUUUGAGAAGUUAGCUGUUGUAUCUGCUCGAAAUAAAAUUUCCGCUAUGAUUAUAAAUCAAGAACGUUUGACUUUAAGAGUUAAUUGAUCAAGCAAGAUGCACGUAUUCAGUCCAAAGCGAUUUGCACGGGGCGUCAACGUAGCAACUGUGACGAGAUAUGAACCCCUGGUGAAAGUUGCGUUUUAGUUUUCACUUAGCCUGCGUAGCAUGGCGGUUUGUCGAGCCGGGCGCACGAGCGGCGAAGCCACGAAAUUCGCGCGCGCCGCAGGCUAGUUUUCACUUAAUCAAAACAGGAACCGGUCGAGGCUUGGACUCUGAACAUAGAACACGAAAACUCUUCUGCAAGCUGUUGUCAACAAUUACAGUGACUCUUUUGCAGUAGAGGAUUGAAAAGAAAAAUCAUUCGAGCGCUUGGCAGUUAAGGCAAAUGGAAUCCAAUCCGGAAGAAUGUUCAUCGGAGAAUGAUGAUACUGUUCAACAUCAACAAAUUGCCGAGUUUGCGAAAUAACAGUAAAAACGUGGUAACUAUCAAAAGAUACCUUCAGCAGCGGAAGUUUUUUUCACCUUCCGGUUUUGCAGUCUUUAAUUUAAUUUUGUUGCUAUACUGAGCUGAGUUGACCUCGAUGUAUGUUACUCACACGUGGAGGCAAUCAAAGUCAAUACUGCGCGCGAAGUUUAAUUAAAAAAGGUCAGGAAACCUUGCCUCUCCUUAGAUUAUAUAUUAUUAAAUCACAUGGGCUGGGUACGGUCUUUUAUGAAGUCCUCAACUUUAUAUAAGAUCUCGCAGUUUCUCCUUCAACUUAUGUAAUCGAUGUCAUUCAAAUGUUUAAUUCUACGUAUAGUAGUAACAUUUUGUCAACUGAAUGAAGAGUGUAAUAAAGUUUAAAAAGUAACAAACUGAUCUUACAGAAUAUAUAAUUUCGGCACGUCGCACUUGAGGCUUGACUAGAUGGAUAUAACCCUACAAUUUGGAAAACUAAGCCCUGCUUCCCCUAGAACUCAAGAAUGAUUCCGCGGGAGCGCUAAAAAACCUAGAUUAGGGGAGAGGAGAGUCUUAAUUUUCCGUCGUUUUUAUCACUGUCUAAGAUUGUAGAUCAUUCUAUUGGAUUGAAAGCUGAACAGAUUUCAUUGAGCCCAUUCCGUCAUAUUUCUUUAGAAGGAAUCUCAGGGGCACCCAACGAGGAUAUAGCAUUGUUGAACGUAUUUUAGUAUUUAAAUGGUAGAUAUAGGCAUAUUUUUAUCCCCUAAAAACUUUUCAUCUGUUCGGAUUUCCUAGCUGAAAGUCUAGUGAUCCGAAAAUUAUAGGGAUAAAAACUUACCUUCUCGAAAAUUUCAGCCAGGAAAAGGCUCCCGAAAAUUCUAGGUGGCCUUUUUUAGGGUCAAAAUCCGUUAAAAAUGGGUAAUUAUACCAUUUUGUAGAUGUUCGAAAAUCCUAGGAGAAGCAGGCAAGCAAGAAAUUUUACAACAAAUGCUCCGAAAAUUCUAGAUCUCAAAUCGUCUUCCGAACAGAUAUUUUCCCGAAAAUUGCCGUUGGGUGCCCCUGGAAUCUGCUUUCAUUCUAGAUUUUACGAGUUUACAGUUCAUCGAUACAGUUAAUAAACAAAGAGGAUAGACAUGCUUCAUAGAGGGAAAAGGUAGUCGAUCUGCUUGCUUAUGCUUACAGAUUUUCAGUGUUAGUCUAGCCAGUGUGGCGCUCAAAUUCAGUCUUAAAAAACUCGUUUUAUGCUUCUACGCAAACGAAUAUUUUUUGCGCCUACCCAAAGGCAAUAUUCUUGUUGAUCAGUAGCGAACACCUAUUACCUCAAUUCACAUUCACCAGUGCUUUGAUGGAAAAAGAAAGAAUUGUCUGAUCUGAACUAUUACCGGUAUCAGUAAGUUUCCACAUCCCACAAAUGUUCUUUCAGAUAAUAUAAACUGAAAUAAUGAUUAUUUAAACCGUCUGCGGGCUGACUAGUCAAUGCCUAAGCCGAUUUGGAACUUGUCAACAGCUUGCAUGCAAUGUGCGUGGGUGAUUUGAAGCUUUCAAAGCGUCAAGGACUAGCCAUCCGGAAGAUCUAUUAAAGGCUUAACUUUUGAAAAUUCCGAUAAUUAGGCUGACAUAAGUGUUCUUUCGUAAUACCACACACUGUAUAAAUUUUUCCACUCCGUGACUACUGAAACAAACAAUUGAAACAGUUCGUUGUUUCAAAAAAGGAGGCAUAUAUUUUGAAAACAACGACAGGAAAUACCUUAAAACUUUGAUCAUCGCUUUUUUGUCAGUAUUCGAGUUCCAGUGAAGUAUCUUUAAGAAUGAAUGUAAAGGGGAUUAUAUCAGUAAUCGUGAAUAGAGAUUCCGCCUUAAAUAUGCUCAGCACUGCAAAUUCCGCCGGUAUAGCACAUAUUAAGUAGGUUCCUGUGUAUGUACUUGGUGACAUGUUUGUAAACUUCAAGUUGUUUCUAGAAUUUUAAGCUUUAUCCUCAUAAUUCUAAACAUUCAUGCUAUCAUCUGCCGAUGUAAAACGUAAGUAGACACCAGUGUAUGUAGUCUGCUACACAGCCGUUUUUAGUGCCGUCACGCGACUCUAAAAACGGCUGUGUAGCAGACUACAGUGUAUGUAAUUAGUGACAUGUUGAUUUCCCUUUUCCUUGUCGGCAGUAUACAAAAUGGCGGCUGUCUCGAAAACAAAGACUUAGCCUGCUACCAAGCUCUUCUAUAGAGAGCUUACUCGCGGGCAAACAAAGACUUAAGAGCUAAGACUCUAAGACCUCUCGAGAACGGACCUCGAAAAUUAAGACCUGGAUAUACCUGUCAUGUGUUGUUGUAAGGAGAUGCUGUUAUCACUCAGUUUUGAAUGUGAAGGUCUUAGAUUUCGAGGUCCUAGUUUUCGAGGAAGUUUGAUUGAGUUGGGGGAGUGGAUGAGUCACUUGUAGGCAACGUCACUAAAUGUUAAGACAUAUUAGUUAUUACAAUUCCCUAGUUCGAUUUAAAAGCGUUCAUUUUAUUUACUCUAGAGGGUAGUGGGUCUUUUUCAGCACUUUUGGUUUAGAGAGGUCUUAGUCUUCGACUGACCCUCAAAAUGGCUCAAACUCGAUUGGCGUUCAUAAAAAACAAAUACUUGCUGGAAUGUCCAUCAUCUGAAAUCACAUGCUUUGGAAACAUUUGUUUGCAUUUCAAGUUCGAAAUAUUAAAUCAUAAAAGAAACUCUCCUUCUAUUUUUUCUAGGCGCUUGCGGUACCCGCACCUCCAUCAAACCAUGUCCAAAGAAAUGCUCAUCGAAAGAACGGCCUGUUUGCGGCUCGGACAAGAAAACCUACAAAAAUGGCUGCUUUCUUGCUCUUGCCAAGUGUGGUUUGCCCAAGAAAGUCAGAGGCUCAUUACGGUUAGAGUACAACGGGCCUUGUGGGGCACCUGCCACACCUAAACCAUGCCCCAGAUGGGAGGACUGCAAAAUCAUAGAUAAACCUGUGUGCGGGACGGAUGGCAAAACCUACCCAAAUGUUUGCCGCUUAAGGGUUGCCAUGUGUCACGCGCGGAGAAACAAGCACAGGCCCAUCAAACUUAGACACAGAAGUGCGUGCAAGACCAGGAAGGGAAAGAAGGAAAAAGGAAAGAAAGGCAAAAAGAAUAAGAAGGAAAGAUCUAAUCGUAAAGGAAGAAAAGACAGGAAGGAAUAAAAACUCCCUAAGAACAGCGAGGAUACUUGUUUCGCGAACCCGCGUUCCAGGCGUUCAGAUAGUACGGACGGGGCAAAGGAGGCAGGGAGAAGUGAGCAGGAAAAAUCUUUCCUUCCUCGGCUUUUUUCCCUCCUCUUCUCAUUUCGCGCUAACUUCCACUAUCUAAACGCUUGGAACAGGCUGUUGUUUCGCUGACUGAAGGUUAGAGAACUGGGUUAGAGUAUUUCGUUAGCCAAUAGACUUUUGUAGUCUCCCUUGCAGCCGUUUUUAUAGCCUGCGAAAACAUCCGUUUCUCCCCAG